GCAGCAGGGAAAAAGAUGUGCACAGGUUGCCUGGGACCAGAGGGGAAGGUGAAAGCGAAAGAAGAUGCAAAAGGCGGUGGCCAUCCUCCUCUGCAGCAGGGCAGAGGCGAAAGUGAAAGCAGCCGAGUUCCGCAGUCCGGAGUCCACGGAGGUCUUUCUACGUCCCCUACUCCUCUGACCGGGACUCCUCUGACCGACCCCUGUCCGUCUAGUCCCCAAUCCGUCUGCCCAGAGAUGCUGAAGCCAGCCCUGGAGCUGCGAGGGGGCUUCUCUUUCGAGAACUGCCAGAGAAACACAUCGUUGGAAGGGCUCCUCCCGGAGUUUCGAAUUCCUCAUGCACGAAAAACCGGGACCACCAUCGCGGGCCUUGUGUUCCGCGACGGGGUCAUCCUGGGCGCCGAUACGCGGGCCACUAACGAUUCGGUGGUGGCGGACAAGAGCUGCCAGAAGAUCCACUUCAUCGCCCCCAACAUCUACUGCUGUGGGGCUGGAGUCGCCGCGGACACCGAGAUGACCACGCGGAUGGCGGCGUCCAACAUGGAGUUGCACUCGCUGGCCACCGGCCGCGAGCCACGCGUGGCCACGGUCACCCGUGUCCUGCGCCAGACCCUCUUCCGGUGCGGGGGUGGGGCUCAGAGCACUAGGCCCGAGGCAGCGGGAGGCAGCGCCGAGCGGAGACAGCGGAAAGAGAAGGGCUGCGACCUACAGGGAGACCGGAAGAGGCCGGCCCAAGAGAAGUCGGGAACAGGAAGGGGCGGGGCUAGAGUGCAGGGCUGGCGUUGUAGGGGAUGGGCUCGCUUGCGGAUGACCACGCCCACCCGCGCACAGGUACCGGGGCCACGUGGGCGCGUCGCUGAUCGUGGGCGGAGUAGACCUGCAUGGACCGCAGCUCUACGGGGUGCACCCUCACGGCUCCUUCAGCCGUCUGCCCUUCACCGCUCUGGGCUCCGGCCAGGACGCGGCCCUGGCGGUGCUUGAAGACCGGUUCCAGCCGAAUAUGACGAGUCAGCCGCUACCCCUUUGCACCUGGAACCACGGCUGUCCUGACCCAGACAGUGAAGCCACUGGACCUGGAGCUCCUGGAGGAAACCGUGCAGUCCAUGGAGGUGGAGUGAAGUGGGCUAAGGUUUAGCACUUAGGACACUGAGUGCUCUGGACGAGGGUGAAUAAACCCAGAAUAUGAAACCA